GGCGAAACAUAAAAAAAAAGUUUUUUUUCAGUGUUUGUACCAAUAUAAAACUAAUUAUUAUUAUUAUUAUUAUUAUUAUUAUUAUUAUUAUUAUUAUUAUUAUUAUUAUUUACUGUCACUCUGUGACUAUUUCAUCAGAUUUACGUGCGAGUCAAAUUUGUAGAUAAUCCCUAGCAGUGAUCCUGCUGUUCUGAAUUGGAGCCGUUAUUCCGGUUUUCAAAAUUUAACCAUAACAAAAGGCAAAAGUUUGUCGGUGGAAUUAUUUUUAUUACUAUUUUUUUUAAAAUUUAAAACCGAAGUACGUUACAUCUGCGAGUACUAGUACGACCACUACAACAACUAAUAAAGUCACUAAGAUAAAGUUAUCGCGGACGCUGUUAUGUGUGAUGUUGAAGAAUGACACCCUGGGAUCUUUCAAGAAGCUGCUUGAUGAGAUUCUGGGAUCAAUAAGCUACUAACACCAAACGAGCAAGAUGAGCCGAAUGGCCUCCUCUCGUUUGUAAACUUUCUAAUGUGUGCGGUGGAGACGCAGUAUGACCUGCAAGUAGUCAUUAACACUAGCAACCGAGGCGAGUUAUAAUAUUUAGAAAUGUUAAAAUUUGGAAGAACACGGUCUCCCUUAAUUGGAAAAGGUGGUGCGAGAGGCAUUUCGUUAAUCUACGGGACUCAAUUGGCUGGCAGAGGAAGUGAUCACAAAUUGCGUUUGGAUUUUCCCGAAGACGACGAAGUUCAGUUUGACACCUCGGAUUUGCCUGACGAAUGUGAAGUUGUGAUGGGCACCAAGAAAUACCCCUCGAUGGCGGAGCUCAGUGCAGCGAUUCCAAACCAGCUCCUCCUGGGGUCUCUGCUGGAACACCUGUGCAGCUUCUAUGAGAAAGACCCACAGCGCUCACGAGUUCUGUUUAAAGAGAUAUGUCAUAAAAUGGUUGCAAUGGACUUGAUUUCUCCUUAUGCAUUCAACGAUGAGUUCAGCACUGUAAGGCUGCAGCACAACCAAGCUGUUGCAGAGCUGCUCCAAGCAGCAAGCCGCACGCUACAUCCACAGGAACUGAGACUUACUGAGGCAGAUUCCCAAAGCCAUACGUUGAGGAGUAAAGACAGAAUUUUCAAAGCACAGACAUCUCGAUACCUCAGUGAGUUUGAAGAGAUUGUCAAGAUUGGGAAAGGAAGCUAUGGGAAAGUAUUUAAGGUUAAAAACAAGCUGGAUGGUCAGUUUUACGCAGUGAAGAAGGUUAUUAUCGGGAAAGCUACAAGGGACGAUUGUGUAAAGGUUCUCAGAGAAGUUAAAGUACUGGCUGGUCUUCAGCAUGCUAAUAUUGUGGGGUAUCAUACGGCCUGGAUGGAGCAUGUGCAGCCACUACUGGUAACAACCUCAUCGUCCUGUUUUCAUAAGUUGCCAGCACUGGAGAAGCCAUCAAAGCAAGAAAAUGUGGAAAACAGCAGCUCUUCUAUAGUCUUCGUCAACUCCAGCGCUUCAGCUGACGCUAAAGAAGCACUGCCCAAACUAGACUGGCCAAGGGACAGUUCACAGGGUACCUCAGCAUCUCAGAGGGUCAACGGGUCCCUAGAGGAGAAGCAUGGCCUCCGUGGAUUAUCUGCACACUGUCGUAAAGGAAUGGUGGAGUCCGAGGAGGUGAUUCCCUGUGUGUACAUUGGAUCCCCCAGGACUGAAGCAUUCAAUGCAGACAGGAGCUUGGAUGGGUCUGCGCACACAGACUGGGGGGACUGGAUCAAUAACAGCUCCUGCACAGGGAGCGACAGCCAGCUCUGGAGUGAGCAGUGCCCACAGAAGGACAGGCGUGUACACAGAUACUCGGAGGUGCAGUUCCACCUCAUGCUGUACAUGCAGAUGCAGCUCUGUGAGAUCUCUCUGCAGGACUGGAUUUUAAACAGAAACACAGGGCCAAGAGAAAAUUCUGCUACUAAUGGUCCCUACUGCCUUGUUGAUGCUGAACGGACAAUAAGCAUCUUUCAACAAAUACUGAAAGGUGUAGAUUACAUUCACUCCAGAGGAGUCAUGCACAGAGACUUAAAGCCCAGAAACAUUUUUCUUCAUGGACACGACUGCCAUGUCCGUAUUGGUGAUUUUGGGCUCGCUUGCAGAGAUAUGAUCAUUGAAGAUAACGAACAGCUGUCUCCAACCACAGAGACUAGCGGUUCGGCACAUACCUCAGGAGUCGGUACUUACGUUUAUGCUGCACCUGAACAACUUGAAGGAUCCUAUUACGACUCAAAGUCUGAUAUGUACAGCGUGGGCAUACUGGCUCUGGAACUGUUCCUUCCUUUUGGAACGGAGAUGGAGAGGGUGAAGACCCUGACUGCACUGCGGGAGGGGAUGAUUCCCGGCUCCUUCACUCAGCAGUGGCCUGUUCUCACUAAACACAUCAAGCUGCUGAUCAGCAAGGCGCCUUCCUGCAGACCGUGUGCAGCACAGCUACUGCAGAGCGAGCUCUUUCAACACACAGAAGAGGUUAUUCUUAAUUUGCAAAGGAAAGUGGAAGAACAGAGAGAAGAAAUUGUAAAGCUGAAGGAACAGAUCAGUCUGCUUCAGAAAGGCCAGGGACAAUUGGACAAGACUACUUAAAAGCUGCCUGAAUCGAAUGUAUGGCACUGUAAAAUGUGCUUUUUACAAUUUCAAGACCUUUUUUUAAAAAAAAAAGUGUAACUAUUUAAAUCUGUUGCAAAAUAUUUAAUAAUUAUAUUCAGUUUGUUUUCAUGCAUGUACAGUAUUCCUAGUUGUAAAGAGAUUCUAAUAAACAUACAUGGGUAUACAGAAUUUACUAGAACACCCUUUACACUUCUGCAUUCAUUUAGACCUCUCAAAACAAAAUGUGCAUAUUACAAAUAAUUAAUAGGGGCCAGAGGUAAUAGGAUGUGGCCCUUGGUACCGACAACAUUUAUUUCACCCAGUUGUUGGUCUUAAUAGACAUGUUUCUGGAAACGUUAAAAUCAACAAUUCUAUAUUUAUAAAAGCAAAAAGACUAACGCCCAUAACAAGUGUACAGUAAAAGUGACAUCAGCCUGCAGAAAGAAGCACGGCACAAAUGAUUUGCUUGUAAACACUGUUUAAAGUUCUUUAUUACAGAAGUUAACAUUGCACCCAUUAGGUAAAGACCCAAAUAAUUCUAAACCGGUUAUUAAAACAGCACGCCGAUAUUGUAUAGACACAAGGUCGACACCUCUUCUCCUUCUGUUUGAGACUAACCAACGACCUCAGGUUUAAAUACCACAGUGUAUCACCUCCUAACUCAACUCACUUCAGCAACUUGGAAGUGGCGCUGAAAUGCUCCAGAUUCCCACAGCACUUCAUCCACUUCUGGACUUUGACAGGGAUGGCUGGACUGCAGCACGGAGCACUGUGAAGCUAGCAACAAUAAGCAACAACAGCAACUUCCGGUACAACUUAUUUCAGCAUCUCACUCCAGAAGCGAUGUUUUUUUCCCCCAGAUAAAAGUCUCUCGUUGCUCUCAUACAGCGGUUGUCUCUAACUCCUGUCAAUCUCAGUUAACGGUUGGAGGAGAAAGAAGCAGCAAACAGAGCACAAAACAGCACGAAAAUAGCAAUAUUUCAAUCUACGUGGAAG